AGGAACCACACACAACUGCCAUUGACUGUGGGGUCUUAUGUUUGCGUAGCAAAUAUAAAGACCAACUUCUUCAGGAAUGAAACCUACUUCAAUAGUCUCUCCAAUACAACAAUCACAACUGAAGAAGCUCCAGAUUGAAAUGCUAACAGUUGAAGGGUUUACCUUGCAAGAAGAAGAUGAUAUUCUAGUGUGUACAGAUGAGAGUGGAGAUAUAAAAAACUUUCUCUGCGCCAGGUAUCUUGUUGAGGCACUCUUCAUCUUGGAUGAGGAAGAAUAUAUUACCAUUAGUAUGUCCAACAUCCUACCAUCUUCUGUAAGGGCAGAGAUUGUACCAGGCACUUCAGAAGGAAAUAGAAUAAACAAUACAAGUCUUGUUUGAUAGAAUGUUUUUCCACAUAUAAUAAUGUAAAUGGGUAAUUAUCCAUUGGUUAUAUAAAUUGGUCAACAUAGAAACAUGUUUCCAACAUAGAUCUUAAAUAAUAAUCUUCGUAAAGAUAUUUUACCUGUCCAACUUGAUAAUGAUAAAUAUCAACAACUGCAGUCAAUGUCUUUUUAUUGCAAAUGUGGUUGAAACUCAGCAGACAAGUAAAAUACCAGCUAAAUGCCAUAUUCUGACCUAUCUGGCUUUUAAUUUAAUGCUUAAGAAAUUAAUUUAUUUUUGAUUUUGUCACUUUUCUUUAUUCAACUUUACAAACUAUUUAUCAUUUAACAUUCAACUUUAUAACCAGGGUUAAGUAUUGCACUUAAAAAGCUUAAUCCUUUGGAUAGCAUCACAUUUAUUGUUCUCGAGUUAUACCCAUUUUUA